CUUUUUUUUUUUUUUUUUUUUUUUUCUUCUAAAAUAAAUAACAGUAGCUACAUUAUAAAUAAAAUAAAGUAAAAUACGUUUAUCAAUGUCUGAAGAACACAAUUGGAAGUUUGCUCAAUGUUUUGGUGAUAAAGGAGAUUCUGAUGAUAUUACUGAUGCCGAUAUUAUUUCGACGGUUGAGUUUGACCAAACUGGUGACUAUCUCGCUACAGGAGAUAAAGGAGGUCGCGUUGUCUUGUUUGAAAGAAAUGAAAGCAAAAAGAACUGUGAAUAUCGAUUCUAUACAGAGUUCCAAUCGCACGAAGCAGAGUUUGAUUAUUUAAAGAGUUUGGAAAUCGAAGAGAAAAUCAACAAGAUCAAAUGGUGUAAAAGACAGAAUUCGGCUCACUUUUUAUUAUCCACUAACGAUAAAACAAUCAAAUUGUGGAAAGUGUUUGACAAGUCAUUGAAAUUGGUCACUGAAAACAGUAUUGCGCCUAAUCCCACUCCUGUCAAUACCCUUCGCUUACCUACCUUGACUCAUCACGAUACCAUUGUGGCUGCUGUACCUAGAAAAGUUUAUGCCAAUGCUCAUACUUAUCACAUCAAUUCUAUCUCCAUUAAUUCCGAUGGUGAAACCUAUAUCUCUGCUGAUGAUUUGAGAGUCAACCUUUGGAAUUUAGACGUCUCUGAUCAAAGUUUCAACAUUGUUGAUAUCAAACCUGCAAACAUGGAAGAGUUGACUGAAGUGAUUACAGCUGCUGAAUUCCACCCUGAACAAUGUAAUGUGUUCAUGUAUAGUUCUAGCAAGGGUACCAUUAAAUUGAGCGAUAUGAGAGAAUCUGCAUUGUGUGAUCAACAUGCCAAGGUGUUCGAAGAGGCUGAGGAUCCUGCUCAUCGUUCAUUCUUUUCUGAAAUUAUUUCUUCUGUCUCUGAUAUCAACUUUAGUCAUGAUGGUCGAUAUAUUCUUUCAAGGGAUUAUCUCACCUUAAAGAUUUGGGAUAUCAAUAUGGACAGUAAGCCUGUUCAAACCAUCAACAUUCACGAUCAACUGAGAACCAGAUUAUGUGAUUUAUACGAAAAUGAUUGUAUCUUUGACAAGUUUGAGUGUACCUUUAGUGGUGAUGACAGUCAUGUGAUGACUGGUUCCUAUAACAACAUGUUCCAUUUAUACGAUCGUGAAGGCAAGACUGAUAUUGCCCUUCAAGCAGAUAAAAGCGCUUUUAGAUCCAAGCGACUUGGCUCUUCUAAAAACAAGAUGUCUAUGGCAAGAAAUUCGGCUCCUAGUGCUGACAAUAUGGACUUUAACAAAAAGAUUUUACACUCUUCAUGGCAUCCUCAGGAAAAUACCAUUGCUAUUGCUGCAACUAAUAACUUGUUUAUUUUCACUGAACAAUAAGUAAAAUGUUAAAAAAAAUAAGCCCCCUCUCUUCUUUUAAGUUAAGCCAAAAAAAAAAAAAAAAACCAAGACAAUCUAUUUUUUUUUUAUAUUAUUUGUAUCUUGUCUCCUUGUAUUAACCACACACCUCAAUAAACAAAACAAAAAAAAAAGAAGCCAAAAUAUGUUUGUUAUGU